AUGGCAGACAGCCCAGCCGCAUCAGCGGCACCCAAAGACGCCUCUGAUCCCUCCCCUGCGAUAUCAACACCAGCGCAACCGCCAGCAACAUCCUCAACAACAGGUACUGCACCCGCCGCACCCGCCGCACCCACCGCGCCCCCCACUGCAUCGCAACCUCACGAUGCUCACAGCUCCACCACAACAUCAGCACCAGCACCAGCACCAGCAGCCCCUGGUACCCCAAUCCCAGCCGACGAUCACCUCACCCCAGCCCCAGAACUAACCCCCGACCCGACCUCGCCAGGCCCAGACGACGGCUACGCAAGCGGAACCGAGUCCGGCUCCUCGCGGGCGUCGACGUCGCUGGCCUCCCACGUGCGCGACUACAGCUUCGAGAACCGGCGGCGGUACCACCGCUAUAAGGAGGGCCAGUACCACUUCCCCAAUGACGAUGACGAGCAGGAGCGCGAGGACAUGAAGCAUACCAUGGUCGUCCACCUCUGCGGCGGGCAGCUGCACAGCGCGCCGCUGAAAAAUCCGCAGCGGAUUAUCGAUGUUGGGACGGGGACGGGGAUAUGGGCUAUUGAUAUGGGCGAUGAGUACCCCGAGGCCGAAAUCAUCGGCGUGGACCUGAGCCCGAUCCAGCCCGAGUUCGUGCCGCCCAACGUCCGGUUCAUGGUCGACGACGCCGAGGUGGAAUGGGUCUACCCGGACAACCACUUUGACUUUGUCCACCUCCGCAACAUGGCCCCCUCCAUCAAAAAGUGGCCGGAGCUGUUCGCCGAAGCAUACCGCGUCACAAAACCAGGCGGAUGGAUCGAACUCCAAGAAAUGCGCUGGGUCUACGGCUGCGACGACAACACCAUGCCCCCAACCUUUGCCCCCGUAAAAAUGGUCGCCAACAUCAAAGAAGCACUCGCCAAGCUCGAUGUCAAGAUGAACGCGGCCGAACUAUACCCCGCGCACGUCGCGGCCGCGGGCUUCGUCAACCUGGCGCACGAGGUGAAGAAGGUGCCCGUGGGGCCCUGGGCGAAGGACGACGACUUGAAGAAGAUUGGGGAGUACUGCCGCGCGGCGAUCUAUGAUGGGUUGCAUGCUAUCACGAUUGGGCCGUUUACGAGGGGUCUGGGGUGGACGCCUGAGGAGGUGGAGGUUUUUCUGAUUGAGGUGAGGAGGGAUUUGUUGGAUCGGAGUGUGCAUUCGUAUGUGCAUUUUCAUACUCUUGCUGCGCAGAAGCCGCUUGAUGGGUGA